CGCACAAACACACCGUUGUGGUACAUCCCACACGGUGACGUUUCCAUGGAGUACUUCCGUUAAUGUGCACGUGAAGACAGUUGACAUUGCGGAUACUGGUUGGUGAUGAAACUCAGAGCAUCAGUGGACAAAAUGUUAUGAUUCUCAAAUUAAUGACCAUGGCCUCUACUUGUGCACAGCUGUGUCUGAGAUGCAGAAGUCAUCUUUGCUCUAAGACACUGACCAGUAUGGGAAAGUACUAUGCUCAAGUUCGGCAUUGUAAUACAGUGACCAAGGUACUGACCAAAAUCAGUAAUGGAUUAUUCAUGUGGGGAAAUCACACAACACUUCAGACAAGCCUGAGGUGGAAACAACACAUGUGCUACUACAGUGACUUGACUGCCAAAUACCUGAUGUCUGAGGCUAAGGAAGACAAGCAUACAGAAGAUCUUGUGAGAACUGAUGUUGUAUGCCCAGCCCCGCUGUUGCCAACCAGAGAUGUUGUGUUAAUGACUGAAAAUCAGGUGUCAUUUGCAGAUUUGGAUGCUGUUGCUGAAUUAUCAGCAUUAGAGGAGAUCACAGAUGAGGAGGCUGUCGGUAUAUCUUCUCCCUCUGUCGUGCCUCCAGCCUCCACCUCUCUUAGAGACUACGUUGACAAGUCUGAGACACUUACCAAGCUGGUACAACUAGGAGUGAAUCUAUGGAAGCUGGAACAGAGACCCCAUGUAGGCUCAAUGCUGCUGAGACUCGAUUUCAACAAAGAUGUGGCCCCACGGCUGCUGUUUCUCAAAGAAGUUGGGGUGGAGGACUCUCGCUUUGGCUAUAUAAUCACACGCAAUCCCUUCAUUCUCACUGAGAGUUUGGAAAACCUACAGACCAGGGUGAACUAUCUCAAGUCAAAGAAGUUCAGCUCUGAGACUGUUGCAUCCAUGGUGUCUAGAGCUCCUUAUCUGCUCAACUUCAAUGUGAAGAGGCUGGACAACAGACUGGGCUUUUAUCAGCAGCAGCUUGGCCUCAGUACUUCCAAUACACGGAACAUUGUAGCUCGUCUUCCCAGAUUACUUUGCGGCAGUUUGGAGCCUAUAAAAGAAAAUUUGAAGGUGUGUGAAAUAGAGCUCGGCUUUAAGGCGAAUGAGAUCCAGCACAUAGUUAUUGCCGUCCCUAAAGUGCUGACUGCCAAUAAAAAGAAACUAACCCAGAUAUUUGACUUCCUGCACAACACCAUGAAGGUGCCCCACUACCUGAUCACCAAGUUCCCACAGGUCCUCAAUACCAAAUACUUGCGUCUGAGAGAGCGCCACUGCUUCCUUGAGUACCUCGGAAAAGCUCAGUAUGACCCAACUCUGCCCAACUACAUCUCCCUGGACCGCUUGGUGUCUUUGCCAGAUGAGACUUUUUGCACUGAUUUGGCUUUGGCCACAUUGGAAGAUUUUUAUUUGUUCCAAAAGACACUUUGAUGUCACAACAAGAGUGAUCAAGGACACAAUGAAUAUCAUAAUGUCAGAUACAUGCAUAUAUGAAAGGCAAAACAUAAAGAGCAUGAAAUAUGUUUUGUAAAUAUGGUGUUUAAUAAAUGCACAUGAUUUGUAUAACCUG